AUGUUUCUUUCAAGCUAUCGAAGGCCACCUUCAGCUUACAAUCGAACUCCACCUAUACGCCAGAUACCUUCAUCUGUCGUGUCAGGCACUUCACUAUCUCGGUCUCGAGGAGUAAAGCAGCCAGACCCAAAACCUAACACAACAGCUCCUCAAAGGCAGCCUGCACCCGUUUAUAAUCGUCCCAUACAAUCAAAUCCUCCAGAGCCAUCCCGAACUCCAGUGCUAAAACAGCCCAUAAUAAGCUCUGACGAAGAUAUAAUAAUCCACGUCUGUGACGAGGCAAAAAAAAUUGAAAAAGAUUUCAAAUGUCCUAAAUCCGUUCUGAUUACAAAAAUGAAAUAUUUCGAAAGCCACCUACAAAAUUGCCAAUCAGUCGAUGACCUUGAAAUCAGUGUCCAUUGUGAUGUCGAUAUCUUUGAGUGGCUCAUGCAAUAUAUGAACAACCGUGAAAAGCCAGAACUGGAAAUGAAUAAAGUGAUUUCUAUUUUAAUCUCUUCAGAAUUCUUACAAAUGCAAACUUUGGUGAGUGAAUGUCUGGAAUUUGUCAGCAGAAAUUUGGAGGAAGUUGUGAAGCUUCCGAUUGACAUGAGCUGUCUAAACCAAGGAUUAUUGAAGCAGCUUGCUAUACUGGAUAAUAUAAAAUAAUUUUUUUUUAAAUAAAUUUUUUAUGGUAUAAAUUUAUAUUGACUGGUAUAGAUUAGCAAACCCUGAACAGCUUGAUGAUAUAAAAGAUAGAAAAGAUAAGCUUGUAAGCAAACUUUUCAUGAAGAAGAUUGAAGAAAUAAUGGAGGACGAAAAUAACAAUUUCAAUAGAUGCGUCUAUUGCAAUAAACUAUUCACAAAUGAACAGCACGAUUGAAUGAUUUGUGAAAAAGCCAGAAUUUUUAUUGAUUUCCAUGGAAAUGUAAUUGCUGAGCACGUGGCUGACAGAAAUUGAGAAUUUAAUAAGUUUAUGCUGUAUUUAAAAGAUCAAGGAUUAAGCUGAAGAGAGAUUUAUUGAAAAAUCUGGGCUAGGCUUGUAUCUUUUAACUGUAUGGUUUGUGGGCUGAAGUUCAUUGGGGCUGAGCUUGGCCAUUGCAGUUUUCACCCUGACGUUCCUAGAUUUAGCAAUAACAGCAAUAUCGGGUUUUAUCAAUGUUGCCAACAAAAAGCAAUACGUUUUGACACAUCAAUUAAAAAAAAGGGCUGCUGUGGGAGAAAUCAUGUGCCAAGACAAGACCAAAUUCAUUCUAAAGAAUAUGAAAUUUUGAUGAAAAACUUCAGUUUGCUAGAAGAGCCGUUUGAAAUUAAAAGCGACAGACCGUCGCUUUAUAAGCUUAUUCAGCAGUUUGUAAGUAAAGCAGAUAACCAAGACUGUGAAUCAGAAGAUGAUUUAGAUGAAGAUGAGAGAAUUGAGACAGAAGAAACAGCUGAAGAAGUUAAAGAAGAAGAAAGAAGAUAUAAAAAGAAAGGAAAAUCUUCAGAUAUGAGUCCCAAAAAGCAGAGGGUAUGGAGACUUGAUCAACUGCGACUGAACGAUUUUAUGCAUAUGAAAGAACUGACUGCAAAUCUUAGCAAAUUGAGGAGAAAAAAUAACCAAAAAUCACCUGUUAAAAAGAAGUAA